AUGGGCAUCAACCCAGGGGACCAUGGUGAUCUUUCAGUCACGGUUGAGGCCUACCUUGCCUUGAGAAUCUUGGGUGUCUCACGGAAUGAUCCUCAGAUGCGCAGAUCUCGAUCCUUCAUCCUUUCUGCUGGAAGCAUCGCGAGAGUCUCCUUUAUCACCCGCGUUUAUCUUGCAAUGUUUGGUUUAUAUCCCUGGAUUGCCGUCCAAAGUCUGCCGUCUGAGUUGAUAUUGCUGCCUCAACAUAUUCCAAGCAGUAUAUGCCGCUGGCCAGCUAUGGAUCGGAGUGCACUGAUCCCUCUCCUCAUUCUCUGCCACCAUCGCCCAAUAUUCAAAUUACCCACUCAGGAAUGCGCAGCCAGCGCAUACUUGAAUGAACUGUGGUGCAAACCGGAAGAACCGCCAGAGAAAGCCUUUGGCGGCGCCUUUCCAACCGGCAUUUCCAAUGCCAUCGCACCAGUAUCAAAGUCCACAGACUUGAUAGGGCGUUUCUUGAACGGGCUGACAUACUUCUUUCCUCUCCGACGCUAUGCGCUUUAUCGGAGCGUUGAAUUCAUCCUUGAGACUAUACGGGAAAUGGGAGGUGUUGGGCACCUGGCGCGGCCAUUGCACAUGGCGAUGCUUGCUUUGAAGCUGGAGGGUUACUCGGUUCAAUCGUGUCCUCUGCGCACGGGCCUGGACUAUCUCGAGCACCUUGUGUAUGAAGAUGAAGCUGGGAAGAGAAUUCUGAGUGUGAAUACAACUGUGUGUGACAGCAGUCUGAUGAUUACUGGCCUUGGAGACGCCGGCAUCCCGCUCGAUUCUCCAUGGCUCAGAAAGUCUUUGCAAUGGCUGCAGAGUCUUUCACUUUCAGACGGCAAUAACAACACAUCCAAGAUUUUCGAUACUCGCAUCUUUCGUGUGGACGAUGUAGCAGCGGCGAUUUAUGCAGUAAUUUGA